AUGCCGGGUGUGCACUUUGAUGUCCAUGAUGUGACACUGCACACUGAUGCUAUCCACCGUGGGGGUGGCCAGGUCAUCCCCAUGGCUCGGCGCUGCCUGUAUGCCAGUGUGCUGACUGUCCAGCCCCGGCUCAUGGAGCCCAUCUAUCUUGUGGAGAUCCAGUGUCCGGAACAAGUGGUUGGUGGCAUCUACGGUGUCUUGAACAGGAAGCGGGGUCACGUCUUUGAGGAGACCCAGGUGGCCGGCAUCCCUAUGUUUGUUGUGAAGGCCUUCCUUCCUGUCAACGAGUCCUUCGGCUUCACUGCUGACCUGAGGUCCAACAUGGGCGGCCAGGCCUUCCCCCAGUGUGUCUUCGACCACUGGCAGAUCCUGCCCGGUGACCCUUUUGACAACACCAGCCGCCCCAGUCAAGUGGUGGCGGAGACGCGCAAGCGCAAAGGCCUGAAAGAAGGCAUCCCAGCCCUGGACAAGCUCCUGGACAAGCUGUAG